AUGCGUGAGAUCGUUCAUAUUCAAGUUGGUCAAUGUGGAAAUCAAAUGGGAACAAAAUUUUGGGAAGUUAUAUCUGAUGAACAUGGCAUUGAUCCAACAGGUACUUAUCAUGGAGAUUCGGAUCUUCAAUUAGAACGUAUUAAUGUUUAUUAUAAUGAAGCAACUGGUGGUAAAUAUGUACCACGUUGUAUUCUUGUUGAUUUGGAACCAGGUACAAUGGAUGCAGUUCGUGCUGGUCCAUAUGGACAAUUAUUUCGACCAGAUAAUUUUGUUUUUGGUCAAUCAGGUGCUGGAAAUAAUUGGGCUAAAGGACAUUAUACUGAAGGUGCUGAAAUAGUUGAUUCUGUUCUUGAUGUUGUACGUAAAGAAGCUGAAGCAUGUGAUUGUUUACAAGGUUUUCAAUUAAUUCAUUCAUUGGGUGGUGGUUGUGGUUCAGGACUUGGUACACUUCUUAUUGCAAAAAUACGUGAAGAAUAUCCUGAUCGUAUUAUGUUAACUUAUUCAGUUGUCCCAUCACCGAAAGUUUCUGAUACAGUUAUUGAACCAUAUAAUUGUGUUUUAUCAGCACAUCAAUUAUUAGAAAAUUCUGAUGAAACAUUUUGUAUUGAUAAUGAAGCAUUGUAUGAUAUUUGUUUUCGAACACUUAAAUUAACAACACCAACAUUUGGAGAUCUUAAUCAUUUAGCUGUAACUGCUUUAUGUGGAGCUACAACUUGUUUAAGAUUUCCAGGUCAAUUGAAUGCUGAUUUAAGAAAAUUAGCAACAAAUAUGGUACCUUUUCCUCGUUUACAUUUUUUUAUACCUGGUUUUGCUCCAUUAACAUCACGUGGUAAUCAACCUUAUCGAGCUGUAACAGUACCUGAACUUGUUCAACAAAUAUUUGAUGCAAAAAAUCUCAUGGCUGCUUGUGAUCCACGUCAUGGAAAAUAUUUAACAGCAGCUGUUGUAUUUCGUGGUCGAAUGUCAAUGCGUGAAGUUGAAGAACAAAUGUUAAAUGUAAAAGAAAAAAAUAAUUCAUAUUUUGCUGAAUGGAUUCCAGAUAAUCUUAAAACAGCUGUAUGUGAUAUUCCACCUCGUGGUCUUAAAAUGUCAGCAACAUUUAUUGCAAAUACAACAGCUAUGAUUGAUUUAUGGAAACGUGUAGCUGAACAAUUUACAGCUAUGUUUCGUCGAAAAGCUUUUCUUCAUUGGUAUACUGGUGAAGGAAUGGAUGAAAUUGAAUUUACUGAAGCUGAAUCAAAUAUGAAUGAUCUUGUUAGUGAAUAUCAACAAUAUCAAGAAGCAGUUAUUGAUGCUGAAGGUGAUGAAGAAAAUGAUGAAGAUGCUGGUGAUCUUGAAACAAAAUAA